CAGUGGACACACACAGGAUAGUGUAUUUUUGGAAACCGACUAACGGACCUCGCGGCAGGCUGAAGACCACCGUAUCAUGAUUAAACAUAGCCGUGUGUAUUAAACGAGCUCUGGCCAAGAUUGGACUCAAAGCAAAGACGAAAGAAGAUCAAGAGCAGCAGAUGGACGGACCAAGUCGGGAACAAAACAAACCGUUGUCACCCUGACUACACGAGUGGCUGAAUCAUUCACAGGCUAGCCAACCAUCACACUGUUGGCUUAGGUAGUUAGCUUACAUGUAGGUAUUUUAAAUUCAUUAGUUAUCUAACGAAUACUUGUCUACUAAAUUUUAAACUGCUUUCUUGUAUUUAACAUGUUAUCGUGGUAGUGUAAGGUUACACAAGCGCCGUCCGUCAGACUAGCAAGUUAGCAAGCUAAUGUUAGCUGUAGCUAACGUUACCCUUUCUUGAACUGCUUGAGCUGCCUAGUAGCUAGUUACAGUUAUGUAGCUUAGGUUGCGAGACUGCAUUCGUUUCGGACAGUGUUUACUACAAGUAGCUCGUCAGUUGGGAGUGACCCUAAGAAUGUGAAGCACAAUGGCCAAUCUUGAAGCUUACCAGGAGUAUCAGAGAAUUGAGGACUUUGAGGAGGACUCGCCACCCGGGGAGGAGGAUUUACUGGUGCAUGUGCCUGAAGGCCUGAAAGAUUCAUGGCACCACAUCAAGAACCUGGAUAAUUUCUUCACAAGGAUCUAUCAUUUUCAUCAAAAGAAUGGCUUUGCUUGUAUGAUGUUGUCAGAGUUCUUUGAACUUGUUCAGCUUUUGUUUGUUGUCACAUUCACAACGUUCCUUGUCAACUGCGUGGAGUAUGAUGUCCUUUUUGCCAAUCGAGCAGUCAACCACACCGGGCCAGGCCAGAACCCCUUGGACAGGAACAAAGUCACUCUCCCAGAUGCCAUCCUGCCUAGCCAGCAGUGCACUCAGAGGAUUCAAGAGAACAGCUGGAUUAUAUUUCUUCUCAUCAUGGCAGCCAUCUUCUGGAUCUAUCGACUUGUUAAAGUCUUUUGCAAUGUUCUGAGCUACUGGGAGAUCAGGCAGUUCUACAUCAAAGCACUGAAGAUCAGAAUGGAUGAACUAUGCAACUUCACAUGGCAGGAAGUUCAGGACCGGCUCAUCAGCCUGCAGCGAGAACAGCAAAUGUGCAUACACAAGAAAGAGCUGACAGAACUUGACAUCUAUCACCGUAUCCUGCGAUUCAAGAACUACAUGGUGGCCAUGAUAAACAAAUCACUGCUGCCAGUGCAGCUGCAGCUCCCCCUGCUGGGCAAUGUGGUGUUCCUCACCCAGGGCCUCAAGUACAACUUUGAGCUCAUCCUCUUCUGGGGUCCUGGCUCUCUGUUUCAGAAUAAGUGGAACCUGCACCCCAAGUACAAGCGGAAUGGGAACCGCCUAGAGCUUGCCCAGCAGCUUAGCAGAGUCAUCCUGCUAAUGGGUUUGGCCAAUUUGCUGCUGUGCCCCUUCAUCCUGGUGUGGCAGGUGCUGUACGCUUUCUUCAGCUAUACAGAAGUGAUCCGCAGAGAACCUGGAAGCCUGGGUGCACGGCGCUGGUCCCUGUAUGGUCGUCUAUACCUGCGUCACUUCAAUGAGCUGGACCAUGAGCUGCAUGGACGUCUAGGUCGUGGCUACAAGCCCACUUCCAAAUACAUGAAUUCCUUUACAUCACCACUGCUGACUGUGCUUGCAAAGAACUUUGCCUUCUUCUCAGGCUCAGUAUUGGCUGUUCUCAUUGCACUGACAGUCUAUGAUGAAGACGUUCUGACAGUGCAGCACAUUCUGACUGCUAUCACUGUGCUGGGGGUGGUUAUUACUAUUGCCAGGUCCUUCAUCCCAGAUGAGCAUAUGGUGUGGUGUCCAGAACAGCUGCUGCAGUGCAUGCUGGCACACAUUCACUACAUGCCAGACCACUGGAGGGGCAGUGCUAACAAGAGUGAGACCCGUGACGAGGUGGCACAGCUGUUCCAGUACAAAGCGGUGUUUAUCUUGGAGGAGUUGCUCAGUCCCAUCGUCACACCCUUCAUUCUCAUCUUUCUUUUGAGGAACAAGUCUCUAGAGAUCAUUGACUUCUUCAGAAACUUUACUGUGGAGGUAGUUGGAGUUGGAGACAUCUGUUCCUUUGCACAGAUGGAUAUCAGACGCCAUGGAAACCCAACAUGGAUGUCGGAGGGCCAAACAGAGGCCUCUAUAUACCAACAGGCUGAGAAUGGCAAGACAGAAUUGUCCCUGAUGCAUUUCACCAUUAAGAAUCCACGCUGGCAGCCGCCACAGGAGAGCUCAGUGUUUAUCAGCCAUCUAAAGGAGAAGGUGCAUCAUGAUGCGCAGGGUGGCCCCUCCACCCAGCUGCUGCUUUCUGAGGCUCCUCUCUGCACCUCACUGCAAUCCAAUGAGUCUGCCACUGGGCCUGAUAAUCUGUUGGCCAGUGUCCUGGCCCACCCCAUUCUAACUGCAUCCGGACUACAAGGACGAGACCAUCACUUCAUCCCACCAAGCACCGCUGCAUCUGCUGCUGCCAGUGUCCUGGCCUCUUUGUCCACCUCCCAGCUUGCACAUACCAGCCGCGGCCGCUCACAGGGUCUCCUGCCCUCCUCCGUCCACCCCGAGAGCACCAUGUACCGCAGUGAUCGCACCAUCAUUGACAGUAUGUCCAACAGUGACUCACGCAUCCGGAGCAAUCCGCUGCACUCAGAAUUCGCCUCCGCAGAGAUGAGCCUCCAUGCCAUCUACAUGCAUGAGCUCCACCAGCAGAGCUCCCACCCACAGAGAAGUUCAGGGCAGUGGCAGAGCACAGUGCCAAUGAGAGAUCUGCACACAAACACUGGCUUCCAGGCACAUAGUGGUCUUGGUUCCAGCAUGUCCAUGCCCACCGUUGUCCACCUUGGCGGCUGGCAGGAGGAGGAAGAGGAAGAUGAGGAUGAAGAUGAUCAGGAGAUUAACAGUGGAUCUACUCCAAAGCAGGGCACCAGGAGUAGUUGUUGAAGUGCCUUAUGUCAUAAGUGUUUACAUUUUACUUUCUUCGAUGAACAUUGUGGCCUUAGAUGAUCUUCAUGGAGAAUUUAGCAUGGACCUUUAAAACAACAUUCAUUCAUUAGUGGGAGGGGCUCACUGAAUAACCACUGUCCCUGCACCUCCACGCCUCAUCCUGUCACAUCAGGCAGACUAUGGCAUCAGGGAAACCAUAUGUCUUCCGUCCGUUUCAUCAAGAUCUUGUAAUAAACAUGUACAGACAACUGCAAAGUAUAUGUGACAGAGACAAUAUAGUGUAUCCAUAGGAUAAAUGUGGGAUAAUGGAUGUGGGCACUUUUAUUGUGGAAUGCAAAAGGCAAAGGUUCAUCACAACUUCUCCAAAGCCUCUGUGUGCAUGAUUCAUCUAUUUUGUGCAUCACAAGGUUUUACAGUGUGAAUCUAAUUGAACAUUUCACAGAGUGGCAUCUUGGUCUGUGCUACAGAGACUGCAAGCUGUAUGUUAGCUGCCUGAACAAUUUUGAUCAUCUGGAGAAAAAAAAAAAAAAUACAGUAUUUCAAGUUGUGCUGUUUAACCCUGGUGAUUUGUAAAUACACUUUUUUCGUCUUACUCAUUCUUUAAAAGUCCACAUUUUUACUACCAGAUCUAAUCCUUUAAAAAGAUACCAAGUAUUGAUAUGAUAAAGAGCUGACUGUACAGUGGCUGUACAACUUCAGCACCGUGUGUACCUAGCAAAAGCCCAUUGGGUUUGAUAAAAACACAUCUUUAAACUAGGCAUACACAUGCUUUGAUGCUGCUCUCUGUGUUUAGCGAUCCUAAGUGCAGAUUUUGUCCAGUAUUAAAUUUUUCGACAGCUGAUCUAUCAAGGCAUUGCUUUUCCUUAAAAACAGGAGUGAAAUUUGGCCUCCAAGUACAGUUGGCAUCAAAAUCUCAAUGCAGAUAGAAGAUGUCUUUUUAAUUCUCUUAAGGCUGGACAUAAAGUCAGCUUUAUGCCUUAACACCCAUAUAAACAUAUGUAUUUAAAUCCAAGUUUUCCAUAUUACCUCAGUGGUGGUGAAGAAAAACUAAUACUCCAAUCAGUACCUCUGCAGUGUAUUUACUCAUGUGUAAAUAUAUACUCAUAUGUUUUUUUUGCAGUGUACAGAUGCAUCUUUUAACUGCAUUUUGAUUUUUAAUGGCAGGUGUAAAUGGAACCCAUUUCGAUUUCUGUUCCUAUUUCUUGUCCAGAAGAAGUUUUAAGUCAGAUAUCCCAGCAAUGGGGAGGAAUCUUUUUCUUUUUUUUUUUUUUAAACAACAAAACAGGGUGGUAUUGCUUUUACAAAUCUUUGUUGUGCACAUCAGCAUUUUGUUUGUGUCCAUUUCCCAAAAAGCUCACAUAUAAAUGGAAGUUUAUCAUAAGGGCCGAUGUCAGAGCGUGUGCUGUAGCUUCUGCAGCUUUAGGUUUUAAGAUUUUAGGACAGGACAGUUGCUCUCAGGCUUUAUAUUUUUUCAGGCUUUACACUUUCAAAGUAAGAGCAUGAGGAGAAAAAAGCCUUUCCACAGUCAGCAUCAUUUGUUCGCUUUAAGAGUAUUUAUUACCUGUUUUCCCCCAGAUAUUUAAUUGAUAUAUAUGUAUUAUUUAUUUCAACAAAAAUAGUUAGAUUGUUUUGUCAAAUAAUUUACUUUCAUAAAAGCUUAUAAUCUUAUUCAUGAAAGAAAUGGCAUGUACCCCCCCUCACUAACAGUAGUUUCAGAAAACAAAUUUUACUUUUAAAGUUGUGAUAUAAAGGUUUUAUUAAUGCAAAAAUAACAUGCCCAGCUGCCUGAUGUUGAAUGUGAUUUAAACUUAAAAUAAACUGGGACUACAUCUAGUUGUUGCUGUAGUGCGUAAAAUAUCACUCUUAUCUAUUUUUGUUGCAUUCUACAAAGAUCACAGUAACAUAGAUCUCAUCCUCCACUACUGCAAGACUUUAGAGGGUACAGAUAUGUCUGUGCCGUCUCACGUGUUAAGAAACUAUUCCACUUUCUUUGUGAGUGUUUGUGUGUCUGUAGAAGGAAUGCAUUUUGACACCUGCUUAGUUAUGCUAACACAAACUCAGAAUUUUGCACUGAAAAAACAAACCAUUUUUUAAAAUGUUUUGCUGUGUGUGUGCGUGUGUGUGUGUGUGUGUGUGUGUGU